AUGACUGCCACCAAUAGUACUAUUGCUCAAACACAUUUUAAUAAUUUGGAAAUAUUUUCUCUUCUUUGGCUUGAUGCAGAAGUGAACACAAAAGAAGAGAACAAGCGUGCCCAAAAGCAACUUCGUGCAAUUAUCAAUGAUCUCAAAACAUUUGAUGAUCAACACGAAUGUCAACAAUAUAUUAUGUCUUGUUCUGAACAAGACCGACUUGUUCUUAUCAGUAGUGGUCGAUUAGGCACAGAAUUAAUUCCUCAGAUUCAUCAUCUUCGACAACUUUCUGCUGUUUAUAUCUAUUGUUGGAAAAAAAAAGUAUACAAACAAUGGGCUAAACAGUUUAUUAAAAUAAAAAGUGUCAUUGUUACACUUGAUGAUCUCGUUAAUCAAAUCACAAUGGAUCAAAAAGAGCGAGGAAAAAUAGAAGAACCAAUGGCUAUGACUUUUUACAAUGCUAGUGGUAAAGCAGAUAAAUCAACAACUGAACUUAAUGGUCAUUUUAUUCAUUCGUUAUUACUAAUUGAUGUUCUUAUUCGAAUGAAAUCGAAUGAAGCUGAUAAAAAAAAGCUAAUUGAAGUUUGCAAAGAUGAAUAUCAUGGCAAUGAACCUGAACUAGCCGUUAUUCAAGAGUUUGAACGUAGCUAUAAAUCUAGAAAAUCGUUAUGGUGGUAUACUCGUGAUGCAUUUUUAUACAGAAUGUUAAACAAAGCUUUACGAAUACAAAACACAGAAUUAUUAUUAUUAUUUUGUUUUGUAAUUCGUGACAUUUACGAACGACUAAAAAAAUAUCAAUGUCAAGAUCCUGUUCGUGUGUAUCGUUAUCAAGCUAUGUCUGUUGAUGAACUGAAUACUCUUAAACAAUCAAUCGGUCAAUUCAUCUCAAUUAAUUCAUUUUUUUCGACUAGUGCUGAUCGUCAUGUAGCAUUAAAUUUCUUAAGUCAUUCGAUCAUUUCGAGUGAUUUACAUCGAAUAUUAUUUGAUAUUGAAGCUGAUCCUCGUGUAGUAAAAUCAAAGCCAUUCGCUGAUAUCACUUCACUCAGUUACUUUCAUCACGAGUCUGAGAUAUUAUUUAUGGUUGGAUGUAUAUUUCGUUUGACUAAUAUUUAUCGGAAUGAUAAUGAAAAAGUAUGGGUAAUUCAAAUGCAGUUAGCAGAAGAUAAUGAUCAAGAUUUGAAGAAGCUUUUUAAUCAACUAAAGGAAGAUUAUGGAGUUGGCGAGAAGGAAGCUGAUCUUCAAUGUUUUGGUGAUGUAUUGCAGCAUAUGGGAAAAUAUGAUUUAGCAGAGAAAAUAUACUCCGGUCUGUGUGAACAGUGUUCUUCCGAUGACGCUUCAUUUUUUCGCUUAUGUAUCUCAUUCGGUAUGUUGUAUAAAGAAAGAAAGGAUUUCGACCGUAGUCUACAAUGGUUUCAAAAAGCAUUGGAUAGAAAAAUUCGUGCAAACCCAUCUGACUUUCUCUACAUGGGUGGUCUGUACUGUUGUAUUGGAAAUAUUCAUAUGGAGAAGAGUGAUUAUAAAGAAGCAAUGAAUUACUACAAUGGAGCAAUGGACUGCUACAAGCGUGCGAAUGCCACAAACCAUCCAGAUAUGCCUUCUUUGUAUCAUGGUAUUGCUCGAAUUUACUGUGCUCAAAAGCAAUACUCAGAUGCAUUGGACUAUUAUCAACGCUCAUUGGUUAUUCAACAGCAACAUUUAGCUUCUCAUCAUCCAGAUAUGGCUAUAAAUCAUACUGGUAUAGGUGAUGUUUAUCGUAUUGUUGGCCAAUAUCAGAAUGCCAUGAAUCAUUACAGAACAUCGCUUGAUAUUAGACAAAAAUCACUACCUCCGCAACAUCAAGACAUUGCUUCGAGUAAUAAAAGCAUUGGCCUGCUGUAUGAGACGAUGAGCAAUUGGAAAGAAGCGUUAGAAUAUUAUAAAAGAGCAGCCAAUAUCUAUCGUCAGUCGUUGCCACUUCAACAAUCUAAUGUUACUGAAAUUGAAAAAGAUAUUCAACGCGUUAUUUCAAAACUGAAAUAA